CCUCAACGCUCAAGUAGUAUCAAUGGCUACUGAAUUCACAUAUCGCCUCUCCCUCUUACUGUUGUUCUUGUUCACUCGUCUCUCUGCAGGCAGCAACCUGCAGGUUAGUUCUGCUGUCUCUCAUCAGCCUAGUUGUGGACCGAAUUAUCCUCCACACGCCAUUCCAGUUUAUGCCAACGAUGUAGACCUAUUUCAGUUCGCCAUGAACAUUGAGUUCUUGGAAGCAGAAUUUUUCUUGUGCGUAGGUUUAGGGUAUGGGCUCGAUAAGAUUGCUCCUCAGUUGGUCAUGGGCGGGCCGCCUCCUAUCGGCACCAGGAAAGCCAACCUCGAUAAUCUCACACAGAUGCUUAUCACUGAAUUCGCAUAUCAAGAAGUUGGUCAUCUCAGGGCUAUUAAAACAACAGUUGGAGGGAUCCCAAGGCCUCUGAUGGACCUAAGCCCCAGCAACUUCGCCAAGAUAUUCGACCAAUCUUUUGGGUACCCACUCGUCCCUCCCUUCGACCCUUACCGUGACAGUCUGAGUUAUAUGCUGGCUUCCUACGUGAUCCCAUACAUGGGACUCAAUGGUUACGUGGGUGCAAAUCCAUUUCUCAAUGGCUACAAGUCCAAGAGACUGGGGGCAGGGCUUCUUGCGGUUGAAGGUGGGCAAGACGCAGAUAUCCGACACUAUCUCUACGAGAGAGCAGGAGAAAUAGUGCAUCCAUACAACUAUACGGUGGCGGAGUUCACUAUUCGUAUCUCAGAGUUGAGGAACCGACUAGGGAAAUGUGGGAUCAAAGACGAAGGGAUUAUUGUCCCACCCGAGCUGGGAGCAGAGAACCGGACGUGUAGCAAUGCCUUAUCUGCAGAUUUCAAUUCUAUCUCUUAUGCACGAACACCCCAGGAGAUUUUGAGGGUCCUCUAUGCAACCGGCUGCGAGCAUCUUCCCGGCGGUUUCUACCCCAAAGGUGCAAAUGGAAAGAUUGCCAGAGAAUUUCUUGAAAAUCCUUAGUUUAUUAUUAUUAUUAUUAUUAUUAUUAUUAUUAUUAUUAUUAUUAUUAUUAUUAUUAUUAGUA